ACAGGUUCUGGAAGCAUCGUUCUCGGUGUCAUUUCUGACUUAGUUUGUUCCAUUCAGCAAGAUUCAGUUACUGGUUUCCUUGGAUAUGCUUUACGGAAGUUAACAAGUUUGUUGGUGGAUGUGUACCUGAGAACGUUUGAUUGGAUUUCCUCUAGCUGUGUUUUAGUGGAGUAUGUGUACGUAGAGGAGUGAGAAGACCUCAAGUGCCUUGUUUGUGUGUGUGAUAACAGAUAAAAGAUAAACAUGACGACAGCUUGCAGUAAUUGGCUGAACAUAUUCUCAUGUAUGCGACAUUCAGUUCAAAAAAAGCCAGCUAUCCACCCACAGGUUCACCCAAACAAACGGGCAUUCGACGCUAUAAUUGUGUGGAAGGGGAAAGGUGAAAAGGGUACCAAGAAGAGCUAUGGAGGUGUGGCCUACGACUACAUUCUGAAACCUGCUGCCAUGGAGGUCACCAACAGGCCUGUCUCACCCCCUAAAGAUAGACCGCUCACACACGAUCAAAUCGCCAGAAAACUCAGAGAGGCUGAGGAACGGAGACUGUCCAUAGAGGCACAGAAAGUGGAAUUUGCUGCACGAGAGAAAACGAAAAUCCAGGAAGUUAUGUCAAAAUCAAUGGAACAGGAGGAGCAGUUUGCCAGAGCUGCACAUGCUAAGCUGCGUAGGUCUAUGGAAAUCACAAAGGAGAACCGGAAACUCCAGAUCAUGGCUCUACAAGACAAGCUCAGAGAUCAUUUGGCCAGGGUGGAAGAAGUUUGUAAAAAUAGUGACAGUAUGGCCAAAGAUCUCAACUUAAAAGAAAAAAUUGAUCAGAAACUUGAAGCAAAAGAGGAAAACCGUAAAGCUCAACUGCAGGCCUUGCUAGUCCGCCUCAAAGAUCACGGAAAACAUAUUGAGGAUGUUUGCAAGGCCAGCGAGAACAUCAACAAAGCACAGGAAGAGAAAAUGAUAAACAAGAUGGAAAAUGCUCUCAAGAACCGUGAAGAGCACUUGCGAGCACUGCAAGAUCGGCUUAAGGAACAUGAGCGCAAAAUUGAGGAAGUCCGGAGGAACAAGCUGAACUUACAGAUCACCAGCUCUGACUAAGAGGUGUAGCCCCUCCCUACCUAUCUAUCCCGCCCUUUUACCCUGCCCUGUGUUCACCGUGUCGUCAAAUGCAAAGACUGAAAAGAACGAUGUCUUCACAGUUUUAAAGAUUAUUUACACUGAACCAAACCCGUACUUCGUUUUGUUUUUGUGAGAAAGUGUAAUUGUCAGUUUUCAUGUUGAUCUCCCAUGAUUUUUUGUUUACAUGGCCUGCAUACCUCAUUUUUUUUCUGUACACAAGUAUUUUCUCAUUUGAUUGGCAGCUUCUCCUGUUUUCAUUUUUUUUUUUUCAUUUUCAUUUUUGAAAACUUAUAUUUCAUUUUUUGAAAGUAUUUAGGUUAAAACCACAUACUGAUGUAUUUACAUUCCAUGUCAUCAAUUUCGAGAUGUUCACCGUUUGUAAACGUUAUGUUGUAUACUUUACACAAUAGCACAGGAGAGCAGACAUUUAUUAUCCUUAGUAUCCUAGAACUGCACCCCAUUAUCAUUCGAUUUUACAUAAUUUUUUGUGAAUUUUUGUUUUUUUGUCCAGUACUACCACACCUGUUUUUGUUUCGUUUUGAGUUGUGUUACCUGCACUGUAUAUUAGUAUUGACCUUGUGUAACCUAACAUUGGUGUGUUUACUAUAAUCAAAUAUCUGUUGUCAGUACUUCAGUGGUGAAGUUUUGUGCGAGUGACAAUUUUCCAUUAGAAAAAAGAAACCGUAGAGCCAAGGUAUAAAGUGUUAAUUGGUUAACGGUGAACCACCAUUAUAUCUGAACACUUUGUAUAGUCAUGCCAGUAUUCUCCUUAUACAUAGAAACAGGGUUUUUUUCUGUUUUUCUUGAAUAAAACCAAAUACUUUCUAUAUAGAGAAUCAAACACAUUCUGAAACUGAUACUUCUUAGAAGGCAUACGAUUUUAUCUAGCAUUGUUCCAUGUUUGUUCUGGGAGAUGAAAACAAAGUUGAGUGUUCAUUGUUUGCGACUAUGCAAUUCUGGAAGUCUGACCAAGAUUUCAGUCAUAAUGGUACAGAAGGAUUAGAAAAACAAAGUCUGUUAUUGAUCAAAAAUCUAUUUGUGUUUUUUGAGAGGAGGUCUUCUGCAUUCCGCGUUUUUGUUAUCUGUUUGGUGUGUUUACAGUGUCGAAAUUGUUAUUCUUCAGAAAAUGUUUGGUUCUCUUUUUUGUUACGACGUAAACAGUAUAACUUGAGAAUUCAUUGAGCGUUUCAGAGAGGAUGUAAAUGUUUGUAUAUAGAUGUUAAGUAUGAACAUCCAAGAGUUGUUACCCUAAACAAUAAGUCGUGACCAGGGGAUGUCUUUACUAUGUGGUGAAUAUUACCAGCUGAGUGGGUAGGCCUAAUGUGUCCAAUGUUUAGUUUAUUCGUGUACAUGUAUAAAAAAAUCCUGUUUAGUAUAAUGGAGAUAAGGUUGGCACAACAGUGAAGAUUGUAUUAUAACAAAAUAUUGACAUUUUGCUAUUAAUGCAGAGGUAUAUAUAUAAUACAUUGUACUACAAGAAAAGAAAAGGGUACUUGAACGUAGAAAGAAGGUUCUGUAAAAGAUCAAUGCUUGACGGUAUACAGAGAUGCUCGUCAAGUGCUGAACCGACCUGUAAAUACAUGUAGCUGUAGAACAAGUGGUAGUUUAGUGUAGGAGUUGUAUUGUUUAACUCGCCUAGUAGGUUUGUUUACACCAAGCAAUUCAUUCCGGUUUGUACAGUUUGAAAAACUCGACAUAGAGGAAGUCUUCAGUUAGAUGGUUAGUUAUAAAGAUGAAUGGUGCUUUUGUUUGUACAGCUCAAAAAGUCGUGUAACUCCAUUCUGUUCUAGCGGAAAGAUUUUAAUAUUAUCAGCAUCAUAAAAUGAGAGCGAGUUUGUUUGUGUUAUGGUGAACAAAAUUCAGCACAGUUAUUGACAGAGACUGCAUGCAAAUUUUGUGCUUGAUAAGAAUUGUAUAUUCUCACCAGCGCUUUGUUGGAUUGAAGAAUUGUUUAUUUUUCACCGGCUCCGUGAUGGAGUGUGACGUCAUCACCCUGUACAAGUGUAGUGCUAUUGACUGUUCAGUGCUCUCGAUAUAUAUAGACAAUGUGCAAGUUGGUGUUUGGGACCAAAAUAAAACCAUGACCGCCAUGUGUGUUAUUACUAUGUGUGUGUCAAUACCGUAUCCAUCAUGUAAUCUUCAUACUCCAUGUAACAAGUAUGUUAUCACCGUUCAUAGGUAUUGUUUUGUGUGUGACUUCAAAUUGCCAAGUUACUAUACUGUACUUUGUCAAGUUUUUGUGCCAUUGAUGGAAGUUGAUGAAAAAAUUUGUAGACAUAUAUUAUGGUAUUUCUUCAUCAGUAUAGCUUAAUUGUGACAACUUUGCUUCCAAUUUUACAUUUCAACUUCAUGCAGAAAUUCAUCUUAUACACGUGUACAUAAUGAGCUUAUGAUAUUAGAUUGAUAGUGGAAAGCUAUCGUAGAUAACAAUAUGUAUCAUUCAGUGUUCCAAAUAUCAUCCUGUCGCUUUUCAAACCGUUUGUCUUAAUUCAAUUAACCUUUGAUAUUAAUUAUCUUAAUUCUAGUCAAAUCCAUAUUAAAUUAUACUGUUUGUUUUGACAAUCCGGACGAUUUCUGUUUCCCAUUACAAACUUAGUUUUGUGGGUGUAGCGUAAGUUGAUAUGGAACUUGCCCAAAACACAAACUUUUUCGUUUUACCAAACAGAACUCUUUGUGUUGUGGGGAAAUUGCUUUCCGUGUCGGAAGCCCCAUAUGCUACACCUAUGACAGUAAGUUUUUUUGUGUGUUUUUUUUGGAAAGUCUUAAAAGAUACAACAAGAACUUUACAAGCAUGCUUUAUAGCAAUACGAGUUGAGCCGACAGAAUGGAACCAUAACAUGGCUGUGUUCAGAUUUGUCCUAUCCAAAGUACUUGUCCAUCGCAUGCAAAUUUGUGUCAAAAUCUUACCAAGACUGGAAAUCACAGUCUUGUGUACGCUUAUAGAUAUGAUUGUUUAGCUUUUGUAUGUUUGUAUUUUUUGCGGAAAUUAUCUCUUUUUCUGUAAGAAUCAAUAAAACGCUUGGUUUAUGAAAA